GCUGCUCUAUAUACCCUCCGCGCGGGCGGCGCGGUGGUGGCGGGCAGCGCGGGCGGCGCGGGCGCGGGCGCGCUGCAGUCGCACGUGCCCGCCGCGCGCGUGCUGCACCCGCCGCACUGGCCCGCCGCCAUGCUGGCGGGGGACGACUGUCUAGUCAACCAGUCAGUGAACGAGCUGGAGUGGUGGGGCGGCGGGCGGCGGCUGGGCGGCUCGCGCUGCGCCGCGGGGUGCGCGUGGAGCGGGCGCGUGGCGGCCGCCGCGCCGCCGCUGCUGCGCCUGCUGCGGCUGCACCCCUGCUACCCUGAUGUGCACAAGCAGGUUAUAGGCUUAAUCGAGAUGAUACCGCUGGGAACCAAACGGAAGCGACAGAACGAUGAGCUGUCUAUGAUCGUAGAGCCGACCAUAUACAGCGAGUCGGUGAAGAAGUAUGGCAUCGAGUACAAACAACUCGCCAUCAAGAAUAGAAAAAUACAACAGAAGUUGUCGGCGACGCCCCGCGACGCGUACCCCGAGCGCUAUCCUCUGUCGGACGUGACCGCCUUGCAGUUCUGUCACACCUUCGAACUGCAACACAAGCUUGCCUUGGCGAUGCACGCUGGCCUCAUCUUCAUCGUCAACGUAUGAUACUUAAUAUACUAUUAUUUUACUAUAUGUAAACACAAGUGGGAGUUUUAUUAGACUUUAUAAUCGGGUUCCAAAUCCAAUCUCAAUUAUGUAUCAUGUAAGAUACCUACAUAAUCUUUGGUUGGCAAUCGCGAGUAUUUGCUUUUCAAUACUAUGAGGUUGAAGUUGGAUUGGAUCAUUUUUAAUAUCGAUAUUUGGAAAGGUAUCAAUAUGAUACCAACCGAAUUAAAUUGAAUUGGACCUUAGCCGUUAUAGGGGGUUGCCCGGCGUAAGGAAUAUACUUAAGAUUAUAUAAAACAUUUUUAUCGAUAUGAUAAUAAUAACUUAUAAGAAAACAUGGGUAAACUGUGCUCUGCAACCUUGUACAUGUUUACCAUGUACAAUUAUACAUAUAUCGAAUUACUUCACAUUGUCACAAAAAUUAUGUAAUGUUAAAAGUGGCCAUUCACAUAAAUGUCUAUGUAUCAGAUAAGUGAGAACAAUGGAAGAAAGGCUUCAAUACUAAUCUUAUCUGCCAGUUUUAAAUAUGUACUUUAUAUAAAAGUAAAAACUCAAGUACCGUGGUUAAGAACAGUUAAGGAAUAUCCUUAGAUUUUUAGUUUUUUAGACUUUUAAGGGCCUUGCAGAGAGCUAAUCACAAAAUUUUAUACAUAAAAAAAUACCAAAGAAAAUAUUCUUAAACAAACGGAGUCUAUCUUAUCGUAAUGCUUUUUAUAAUAGCAGGCUUUUAUCCGCAAUUGUAUAUUAUUGAAUGGUAAUCCGCAAUUGUAAACUUUUUCGUUUAAUUAAUUUUUAUAUAUCUGUCGAUAUAUCAUAGACUCGCAGAAGUGAGUACAUAGUUUGUGUUUCUGAAAUUCACAUUGAGGCAGUGCACAAAACGAAGGCGGAUAAAAUCGAAAAAAACAUAAGUAUGUACUAAAAUUAACCUGAAAUUGUUAUAUUCGAUUUUCAAUAACAAAAAAAAAUGGCGAACAGCAAGAUAACAGUUGUCAUAUUGGAUGACUUAAGUUCUUUAAAGAAACCUGUUAGGUACGAGUAGGAGGGCGAUGAAUAAGCAUCCUAUUCGAUAUAUGAUGAUCAAUAUAUCCUGAGAUUGACGUUAUCUGUAUGACCGAUUGUGUUGUUUGUGAUCGAUAUUAAGAGACGUGAAAUAGUAAGCUAGGAAACACCCGUAGGUAUACUCAAAGUUAGUGACUUCAUUGAAGAAAUUAAUAAAGGAAAACAAUCAAUUUGGAAGGAUCGGUUUGAUAUUUGGGAUAAGAUUGUUAGGAAUACAUAAACUAAACAUAUUAAACGUGUUUAUUGAGGAAAGCAUGGGUAAAUGUUGAUAAUAUGUAAUGUUCUUUGUGAAGGAAAGAAACAAAAACUCCAUUCAGACAGCAUAGCUGUGAGUUAGCUAGAAUUUUUAAACUAAGAAACUAUAAAAUAUGUAAUAUAUUAUAUUAAUUAAUUUACUGUAGUAUAUGUAUACAUAGUUUCUUUUAAGAUUUAUUACGUAUUAUGAUAAUUAAAUGUUAUCCCUUGUUUUAUCCAAUGUUAUGACCUUAUAAUAUAUUUUUAUUUAUAAGUUAUGUUAAAGUGGUUGUCACUUUGAUUCCGUUUUCCAUUUCACGCACAUACAAAUGAAAGUUUUAUGUAAUAAUAAACAACAUGUGUAUUUAUUAGUUUACAAAUAUUGUAUAGAGUUUUUUAUGUUAUGUAAAAACACAUCAAUAUGUAAAUUUUAUUUUUGUUACGUAUAAAUAAGGUUUAGUAUGUAAAAAAGUAUACAAGUCUCAAACUGUUUGUACUGUUCUAUCAUUACCAGUUUAAGUAUGUGAAAACUGACAUGGCAGACAAGUCUUGGAAUUAAAUGUUUUUCUUGAUCUACUUAGUUUUUCCCCGCAAUUUUUAAAACUACUUAGCGUGCGUCUGCGUCUAUAAUAAAUGAUGCGUUUACAACUUACACGACUACUUUGUUUUUUCUGAUGAUUAAGGAGAUUACUAGAUCAUAAGUGGUAAAAUGCAUUAUCCGCUAUCUCCUGGAUUUCACUUAUUUUCACUGCAAAUAAUAUUUUUACCGUAAUAUUCGUACCGUUUAUAAGCGUAAAUUAUCCAUGCCUUCCAUUAGACUUGGUUUACACCAAGUUUUCAUGAAUGCGGAUUCCAGUGUAUUUUUGUAAGUUAUGAGCAAAAUAAUCGGACGGUAGAAAUAUGCUAGCAUAGCUAACUGGUGUAAGCGAAUGGAUCGGAAUUGUUGAAUUUUAUUUGUUUCACUAUUUUUCUCUAUGGUUUAUUUAUGAUGAUUUGAAAAUGGUUGUGGACAGUGGAUGGACUAGGGGAGGCCUACGUUCAAUAAUGGAUGGCAAUGGGCUGAUAUGAUGAUGACAUUUAUUAGGGUGAACAAAUGUUGGUAGAUUUUCAUGAACAUCACAUUAAUUAUAUAGGUAUAACGAAUAUAUUUUAUUCUACUAUGGGGAUUCGACCGAUAACCGUUGGGGUAAACGAGUUCUAGAGUGGAGACCGCGCCUCGGCAAACGUAGUGUAGGACGUCCUCAGGCACGGUGGAGUGAUGACUUGCGCAAGACGGCUGGCAGGAGCUGGAUGCGAGAAGCCGAAAAUCGAUCUCAGUGGCGUGCACUUGGAGAGGCCUAUGUCCAGCAGUGGACUGCGAUAGGCUGAUGAUGAUGAUGGGGAUUCGAAGUCAUAUUUUCGUUAUCCAUGCUAGAAAAUGUGUAAUAAUUAAAACUUCAAAUUGCCAUUUUAUAUAAUAUAAAUGUGUAAGUUUAAUAUAAUGUGGCAGGUAUUUAUGUCAAACAAACCUUGUAAUUAAAGUAGCUGUAGUUUAUUUAUUCUUAGGCAAUAUCAGAAACUUUAUAUCGGAUUCUACAGUGAUAUUAUUAUUUAACUCCCUUGUAUAACUUGUUUGAUUGUGAUAUGCUUGUUGCAAUAAAACUUUUUAAAUAAA